CUCCUAGCUGAUGACUUUGCGAAAAACGGCUUCAAGGUCAUUUUGAUCGAGUACUACAACAGCGAUUCUCUUCCCCCUGAUGCCUUGAAUGAUAAAACAUUGAACUUCAGGGGGUGGCUUGCCACCCAUGGCGCCGAGGUGACCUGCCUGCCCCUCGACAAGGUCAUCGCCGCGCUCACGGAGGAAGGCAUCACCAGAUUCGAGGCCACUAGUUACUGCUUCGGCGGUAGAUACACAUUUGACCUUGUAUUUGACAAAGUCAUCCAAUGGGCCGUCGUCGCUCACCCUCACUCUUGGAAGUCCCCAAAGACCUCGAGCAAAGCACCUCUCCUUAUCAAUGCAUGCGAGAACGAUAGGUUGUUCCCUGCGGAAUCCCAAGCGAAGACUGGUGAGAUUUUUAGCGAUGGGAACUUUGCUCCAGGGUACAGGCUCGAGUAUUUCCCUGAUUGCACGCAUGGGUUUGCUGUCAGUGGGGAUGUGACUGACCUACUUGUCAAGGCUGGGAAGGAGGGAUCGUGCAGGGCUAGCGUGGGGUUCUUCCUGACGUACCUGUGA